CAACACUGUAUAAAGAACAAACCACCAGGGCCAAAGCAGUCGCCCAUCAGCCGAGGCCGCCUUUUCCCAACAAAUGCAGGCCCGGCUCCACCCUGGCCGCUUCCGCCUAUCCCGCCACAGCAUUUGCGAGGUUGCGAGAGUCAUAGAAGUCCUGGCAUGGAGAUAACGCAUAGGCGCUUUUUCUUCUUUUUCUUUCUCGUCUAUUUCUUGUUUAAAAAUUGACACCACCUUCUCGCCCUCCUCCAGACUUUCUCAACUCGAUUUCACCAGCUCUACCUGUGCAGUUCUGAAGCUAGGUAGCUCCAUCGCUCGUAUCUAGCACCUUCGCCUACAGCUUGCGCGUCGCUUCUCCCUCAAAAGGGAGACAUUCACCAGCUUGGUGGGAGAUCACACAGAUUUCAGCAACAUGCUCGACGCAUUUCGAUCCAGCCCGGCCGUGGGCUUCAGACUUCCCCCGGCCGCUUUCUUCAAGCUGCCUAGCCAGCAGCCUAUGAGCCUUACGCCGCCCUUGAAUGAGCCCUCGCUCGCCCAGCCAUUCCAGAUUCCUCCCUCCCUCUACGCACAGCUCCUCGACUACAGAGUCCCCAUCACAAUAGCUGCUGUGUACGCUACCACCGUCGUCAUCCUCAACCGUGUCAACAAAGCUCGCGCAUACAGGCCCUGGGCCAUCAGCAAGACCAGCUGGUUCAAGGUGCUGGUCAUCCUGCACAAUGUCUUCCUCGCCGUCUACUCCGCAUGGACCUGUAUUGGCAUGUGGACGGCCCUGCGCAACUCAAUUCCUCGAUUCAACAACGAAUACGGCGCUGUCGGUGUCGUAGAUGGUUUCUGCAGACUCGCUGGUCCUCGUGGACUCGGAAAUGGCGCCAACUACAACGCCACAAGCGACCAAUGGAGUAUACCAAACCCCGAAUACCAAUUGGCCGCCAAUGGACUCCCAGACCCAACUGACGUUGGCCGUUUGUGGAACCAGGGCCUCGCCUACUACGGAUGGAUCUUCUACUUGUCGAAAUUCUACGAAGUCAUCGACACGGCAAUUAUCUUGGCAAAGGGCAAGAAGAGCUCGACAUUGCAAACAUACCACCACGCUGGCGCUAUGAUGUGCAUGUGGGCUGGUAUUCGGUACAUGGGACAGCCAAUUUGGAUUUUCGUCCUGGUCAACUCAUUCAUCCACGCAAUGAUGUACAGUUACUACACCGUCACAGCUCUGCAUAUUCGAGUCCCCAACGCCAUCAAGCGUUCGCUCACCACAAUGCAGAUCAUGCAGUUCAUCUUUGGCACUUUCUCGGCCAGCUCAUACAUGUUCAUCCAGUACUCAGUCCCUAUCCCAGUGACUCGCGUGCUAUCUUGGGACCAACUUUCUAAGGCUCUCCCUGCUGCUGCCUCUGCCGCCGAGUCCGGUAUUGCCGCUGCAACGGCCUCUGCUGGCGUCAUUCCCAUGUUGAAGAAGCUCGCCAUCCGCGCUGCCGGGGCCGAGGGCAUUGCCGAGAAUGUGCUCAACGGACAGGGCCAGCAUUUUGGCUCUGAUGCCCAGCAUGCCGCUCGCUACUCUCAGCUCCAGCAAGAAGCCAUCAAUUCUCUCCGCUAUGAAUCCAUUGACUGCGUCGACAAUAGCGGUCAGGCGUUCGCCAUCUGGCUGAAUGUGAUGUACCUGCUGCCACUGACUUACCUCUUCGCGCGCUUCUUUGUUAGGUCGUACCUGCGCCGUAUCGAGCCUGCUGAAAGACAGAAACCCUCAACCCAGAUCCACCAAGUCGAGCAAGCCGGCCUGGAUGCACUCAAGGGCGUCAGCAGGGAGAUCCGCAGGGCUGCGUUGGUACAGAACGGCGACGGAGACACAUCCGCGACAGAUGAGGAUAUUGUGCAGGAGCGAGUGCGACCCCUCACUGCCAUUACAGAGAAGAAGGUCUCAACCAAGGAAACCAAGCCCAACUACCAGAAUACCAAUAAUUUCGAGACAGUCCCCGCCAAACGCCGCGCAAAGCGUGGUGAGGCUGAGAAGAACGCUGCUCCGGUUCAAGCGUCUAAUACGUUUAGCGUGUUGAAAGAUAAUGCGUAAAAAAAACUAAAUAAAAUAAAUAAGAAAGAGACGCAAGUGUUUUGGUUGCUUUUCGUUUUCUC